UCGAACGCGACAUCAUGUAUUUGCUUGUGAAUUUCGUCGUUGCCCUGGUCAUCAUGCAGGUGCAGGUGCAGGCGGGCUCCUCUUAUAUCCCAGAUUCCGAUCGUAACACACGGACCCUCCAGAACGAACUGCAGGUGGAACGGGAUGGCAAUUACCGGUACGCCUACGAGACCUCCAAUGGAAUUUCCGCCUCCCAAGCGGGAUUGGGUGGCGUUUCCAUCCAAGGUGGCAACAGUUACACCUCACCCGAGGGCAAUGUCAUCAGUGUCAACUAUGUGGCCGAUGAGUUUGGCUAUCAUCCCGUGGGCUCGCAUAUUCCCCAGGUUCCCGACUAUAUACUACGCGCCCUGGAGUACAUUAGAACGCAUCCCUACCAGAUAAAGGAUUACUAUACCGGCGAACUCAAGACCGUGGAGCACGAUGCGGCCGCCUUCAAUGUGUAUACCCGCAACAUCCAGGAACCAACGACCCCAAGAUCCCGACCAAGCACCACUCCAAAGACCAUAUACCUCACCCAUCCGCCCACGACAACGCUACGACCUCUGCGACAAAGACGAGGCGCUUCGAAGCACUGAUGAUCGAUGGUCGAGAACUUUUGGCGGGGGAAGGGGCCGGUCUCUUAGGAGUCAACCAGGCGAAUCUGUGAAUUUUGAUCUAAACAAUUAAUUAAGCCACGAGCAAUAAAUAGAGGUGCUAAGCAAACGUAAGCUAAAAUGUAA